AUCAUCAUCAUUAUUAAGUUGGCACCAAAUAUUGAUUGGGAAAAAGAAGAAGGGAAAGGAUCUAACACACCCACCCAGCUCUGAUAUCCAAAACGACAUGUCAUUUUCCCCAACCUGAUUCUUCUUCUUCCUCAUUAGGUUUCGAUUUCUUCCCCAAUUUGAAUUCGUUGCUCAUUUUGGGUGAAUUCCAAUCUGUUCCCAUUGCAAUUGUGGCUCCCAUGGGCGUUGACUUUUCCGGUAACGGCGAUUGGAGUCCCCGGCGACGGGAAAGAUUCGACCUUUAGGGUUAGGGUUUGUGAAUUGGGAAAUUUUUGGGGGGUUUUGGUGAGGUGGAGGAAAGGUUGAGGCUUUGGGGGUGGAGGUGUUAAUGGAGACGGAUGGGAAGAAGGAAGUGCAAAAUGGAGGUGAGAAUGAGAGGUUGAGUUGUGAUGGUGGUGAUGAGUGUGAGAAAGUUGAGGAAAUGGUGAAUGGGGAUGAAGAGAGUGAGUUGUUGUUGGCGCCAAGGAAAGGAGGGAUUUCGAGGAAGACUAAUAGGACAAAGCGGAAAGUGCAGUGGAAUGAUAGGAAUGGGAAUAAGCUUGUUGAGGUUUUAGAGUAUGAACCGAGUGAGGUUAGUGACUCUGAUGACGAAGAUGUAGAUACUUGCAUAUGUUCCAUCAUGUAGAUAUCAUUCAGUAAAUCAAGUACCGGUAUGUCUGCUGCACAAAUCAACUAGGCAUUCUCUCCGAGUUGAUUUUGAUGAUUUCUAUACAAACCAGCUCUGUUUUUAACCGUGUUAAGGAUGGACCGAAGGUCCUGAGACCAAUUCAAGGCAGUAUCCCAUUUUGCAUCAAGUCUAAUGCCAUUUUUUAGAUUAAAUUGCACCGAGCUUUAUUACAGCAGGAUAUUCAAAUUGAAAUAGAGCCAUCUUCCGGGAAUGAAAGCAGAUAGGUAUAAAAGCAAUAUGGUAUCCACAAUAUGUAAUACACUAAAUACAGUUCAGUUAAUGUAUGCUUUUUUUCUCUCUUUCUCUUUUUCUUUCUCCUUUCUUUUAAGCUUUACUGUGCCUAUUAUAAGUAGUGUGUAUUUUACAGGGACAGAUUAUUUUGAUAUCUUGACAUCUUGUUCAAUU